UGUUUUGGACAUCUAAAAUGUCUCCCAGUUCCGGUAUUAAAUAUUCUUUUUUUUUUUUUUUUUAUUGAUCUUUGAGAGGGUGUACUUGCAUUAUCAGAAUGUUACUUGGAAAUGGUCCCAAAACAACAUUAUAUUUUAUUGCAAUAAUGUCUAGGACAAUUUAUCAUCCAGUAAAAUUUGCUAUUAAGACAGGCCUAUCUAUUAUUUAAUGAUAGUUUGCAGCAAAAGUUGCUUGUUGACUCUUAAAUAAAAAGACUUCUAGGUUACAAACUUGCUGUUAGCCUCCAAACUAACCCCUGUGUUUACAUGUUAGCACUGAGCUACAGCUGCACACGCCUUAUGCCCAAGCACUUUUGGUAUGCAUCUCUUUUUUUUUCUUUUUUUUUUUACUGAAAAAGGCCAAAUACUACUAGGACAGAUUAUUUAUAGUUAUUUAGACUCAAUGCAUGGGAUAAAAAAAAAAGAAUCCCCCUCUACUAUCUUUGUGCACAGACCAUAUAUGGAUCACCCAAAUUUAGAGCAAUCAUCUUCCAUUUCUGCUGGAGAUAGACACUGUAGCCUCCUCUCCACUAACCCCCUUGAUAAGCAGGUAAAGACGAUGGACGUAUGUAUGUUCACCUAAUCAGAAAACCUUACUCCUUUCUCUGAGCGUGUAGAGAAAUCGAGGUGUUACCAGGCAGGAAGUCUGCAGUAAGUUUUCCCUCCACACCCUCUGAGCAAGUUGGAGAAACAAUAGUUUCUUAGAUCACACCCAACUUCGCUGGUGGGGGCGGGGGGUGUGUGUGUGAAAAAAAUACAUCCAAUAGGUGUGGGCCAGAAAAAUAAAUAUACAUCAGGAACAUACAGUUCACAAAAAUCUGAUCCCCUGGGAUUUCUAAUAAUAAUAAUAAUAAUAAUAAUAAUAAUAGAGAUGAACAAAGAGCCAGCGCACGCACGUGAACCGUCUACUACGCCGUUUUAUGUGUCUGUGUAGUGGAGCGCAGAGCUUCUCUGGAAUGAGGAGCAGUAAAUUAGCAGCAGGAGCAGAAAGCAGGACAGACAUUCGAUCAGCCAGCUUCACCCUGCCCCCCACCUCCUAACACACAGAUUCACUCUAGAAAGCCGGAGCGCAUGAUGCUCCUGGUCUUUACUUCACUUUUUUCCCCCCUUUUAUUUCUUAACUCUUGUUCCUUGCCGUCAGUCGGUCUAAUCUGUCUGAAUCACACGCUCUUGUCACAUGCUGCUUCCCUUUCUUCCUGCUCUGACUCUGAUUCCUCUGUUUCCUGAUGACGACGCACAACGCGCCAGUGACGAUGCGGUGAGCUGCGCUGUGAUGCUGGAAGUCCUCCACGCUCUGGCCAACCAGUCCACUCCUCUCCACCACGGCGUAGUCUUCCUCUUCAACGGAGCCGAGGAAAAUGUCCUGCAGGCCAGUCAUGGUUUUAUUACCCAGCAUCCCUGGGCCAAGCAAGUUCGUGCUUUCAUUAACUUGGAGGCUGCAGGCGUUGGCGGCAAGGAAGUCGUUUUCCAGACAGGGCCGGAGAACCCGUGGCUCGUCCAGGCUUACGUUCAUGCGGCCAAACACCCCUUCGCCUCGGUGGUCGGCCAGGAGGUUUUUCAGAGCGGCGUCAUUCCCUCUGACACAGACUUCCGCAUUUAUAGGGACUUCGGAAACAUCCCAGGCAUCGAUCUUGCGUUCAUUGAAAACGGUUUUAUCUAUCACACCAAAUAUGACACGGCCAACAGAAUACUGACAGACUCCAUCCAGAGAGCCGGUGACAACAUCUUGGCUGUUUUGAAGCACCUGGUAACGUCAGAGAAGCUGGCAGACUCCUCAGAGUAUCGCCAUGGGAACAUGGUGUUUUUUGACCUGCUGGGGGUGAUUGCCGUUGCCUAUCCGGCUCGCGUUGGCACCAUCAUCAACUACAUGGUUGCCGCAGCCACCUUCCUGUAUCUAGCCAAGAAGGCGUCUCUGCCCGGCAAUCGAGGUGGGCGUUAUGUUCGGGACCUGGCCUGUGCCACGGGCGUAGCGGUGCUGGGCUGGUUCGUCACUCUGCUGUCGGUGCUCAUUGUUGCCCUUCUGGUCACUCUGCUGGGACGCUCCAUGUUUUGGUACACUCACUUUUAUGCUGCCAUCUGCCUGUAUGGAGCUGCAGCCACCGGGAAAAUGAUUCUCAUCCACACACUGGCCAAAAACCUGUACUACGGAGGCGUCCGUCUGGUGGAGCUGGGCGAUCUGUAUUUUGACGUGAGCUUGCUGCUCUGGUGCUGCAGCCUGGUGUGGCUCACCCAGCGGGGUUUGUGUUCAGCCUACGUUCCCAUGCUGAUGGUGGCCUUCCCCCUGGUCACCAGGCUUCUGCUGACAAAGGAAUUUAAACACAGAGGAGCAUCACUGAAGUACAGCGGCCUGUAUCUUUUGGGCCUGGCGCUUCCCUAUGUCCACUUCAUGUUCCUCUUCUGGGUGGUGUUUGAGAUUUUCACCCCCAUCAUGGGCCGCAGCGGCACAGAGAUCCCCCCUGAGGUGGUGAUGGCCUCUUUGGUCACUUUGACAAUCGUCUUCCUCUCCUCUUACUUUCUGCAUUUUGUGUAUUUGGUGAGGAGCACUAAGUGGAUCCUGGCGGCUCUGGGCUCGGUGUUCGUCGUCAUGUUCCUGUUGGUGUCGGCCGGCCUCUUCUUUCCUUACUCCGGGAAUCCAAACAGCCCACGGCCAAAGAGGAUAUUCCUGCAGCAUACGACCCGGACCUUCCACAACCUGCAGGGCCGGGUGGAGAGCAGAGACUCUGGCAUCUGGAUCAACAGCUUCGACUUCACCGCAGUGCAGCACAUCACGCCUCAGAUCCCCGAGAUCAACGACAGCAUCCGGACCCGCUGCCGAGAGGACCGUCCCUUCUGCGGUUACCCCUGGUUCCUGCCUGUGAAGUUCCUCAGCAGGAAGAACUGGUACCUUCCCGCCCCGGAAGUGUCUCCUGGCUCUCCGGUGGACUUCAGCCUCACGUCCAAGGAGGAGACGAGCUGGGGAACUGUCAAGAUGACAUUCAGCGUCAAAGGGCCCAGCCACAUGUCUCUGUAUCUGAUGCCUCACAGAGGAGCCAGUCUGUCCACCUGGUCUCUCGGUGACGGGACGCCUCAGUUUGACCUCAACGGAGAAUACUUUGUCUUUUAUUCCCACGGCCUCGAUGCCGCUCCGUGGACCUUUUGGUUUGAAAUACAGCCCCCGACAGAACCAGAUCCAGCCGGCCCCGAGGGGAUGAUCUCCGUUGCCAUAUCGACGCACUACUUCUUCGGCGAAGACCGACGGACUGCUCAGCUGGAGGAAAUCCUCCGGAAGUUUCCCACCUGGGCUUUUCCCUCCUCCUGGGUCAGUACCUACGACAUGUACCGGUACUGAGGACUUCGCUGCUACGACAGAGGAGCGGCGACGGCCCACUGAGACAGCUCAGAGAACCAAUCUGCUGCCUUUUACACUAAUACCCGCGCUGCGUGCCGCCCCGCCUGAGAGAGAGAGAGAGAGAGCGAAACCUCCAUCACUGUGUCAGCGGGCUGAGCAGCUGACUGACCAUCAUCGGCGCUCAGGCCACCACAAGCCUUGUGCUCUCUACUGGGUUAGUGAAAAAAAAGGAGACUUAAGUUUGAUUUUUUUUUUUUUUUGUACUCAGCUGUGCCUUUGAUUUCCACACUCUCACUCUUCCUCCCUCACAUUUCGUCCCUCCCACACGCAAGCGCCGAUUCACGCCGCACGUGUAAGUCGCUCCGUUUACCAGCAAACCUUCAGGGCUGCCGUCACACUAAACGUGCCUCUGGAUCGGCUGCAGACGUCUGUACCGUCCUGACGGGGGAGACGCGAACCCGCUCUUGUGUCGUCUCCUUUUUAUAAAAAAGUGAAAAAAGCAAGCAAAAACAAAAUGGAACUAAUCGUGCACUCAGUCAGAUAUAUGUUGCAAAUCCCGACGACUAACCAUGAAACUGCUUGUUGUUCCUUCCUGUCCUGCAGAUUUGAAGCAAACAACAUCCACGGGUUUAAAUGAGAGAUGCUAAUGUCUGCUCAAGCUGUUAAAAAGGCAGCAAAAUCAUAAAGAGCUGACCGAGGUGUGAGUGUUUCUAAAAGCUCAAGAGAAAAGAUAUUCAGAUGCUGGCUUUGGCAGAGUAAGAAAGAGAUGGAGAGAAUCCCGUCUUUGUUUUGUUUUCUUUUAAAAUCUAUCCCUUGAGUCUUUCAGUAACAAAGCUCUCCUGUUCUGUUCCACACCGAAGUGAUGCUUACUGACAUUUCGUCUUGCUUUAACGUUACUUUUCUUAAAGCUGAUUAGCCUUCAUGGGGUCUGCAGCAGCUCCACAGUGAUUUUCUUUCCCUUAACUGGAUUUGUUUUGGUCCACUUGAUUGUUCUCUCGUCUCUUUGUGGCUCCAAAUGAAUCAAAGCAAUGAGGAGGUUAUGUGUAUUAGUUAUAAUCUAAUUAAGUUCUUUACUAGAACGGCAAAAGUUCAGUGAGUUUAAUACAAAUUUGCACUUUUGAUUAGGAAACACUACAGCAAAAAACAUUCUUUGUUUUAAUUUCAUUACCUUUUGCUCCUCACAUUAGUGGACCGCUAUUUUACCACAAUCUGUUCACUAAUUUUUUUAGAUUUUUAUGGGUUGUGACUUUUAAUAAGUAGCUCCAAAGUUAUUCAAGGUAAAGAAAAAAAAUCAUUACAGCAAAUUUUUCCCUGAAAUUAAGAAACUAAAUUAUAUUUUCAUUUUAUCUUUCUAAUAAUGGCCGAAUAUUUUAUGGAACAAAUAUAAUUCAGCGUAAUUGUUAGAUCGGAUCUGAUGCAUUUAGUUAAAAAUCCAUGAACGUUAUAUGAUUUGUCAUACAAUAUUUGACAUUUCUUUGUCACACACAUUCGUUCUUUUUGCCGGGAAAGAUCUACAGGAUGUUUUUUGUCGACUUGUCGACCGUAAACAUUCCCAUGCAAGUCUUAAAUCCUGUUGUUAAUUUAAAAUAACCUGCCGUGUGACCGGACAAUAACUAAACUUUUGAGGACACGAGGAGCGCGUGUGAAUGUAAAAACAAAAAUCCACCGGUGCUGCUACAGGAAGCCUGUACGAUGUUUGGUGUUUAAGUUGUUUCUGUUUUAUCUAAACGUGGAGGAUCGUCUGUCUGAACAACGGCCCAGCUGCCAACGGCCGCUUUAACCUUGAGACGCAGCGAUCAACACCGUUAAGUUAUUGAACCCGUUCUUACACUGAAUGUUGAUGUUUAGCUGAUGAUUUUGUAGAGUUGCAAACUGAAAUGAUCUGAAUCUCAUCAGUCCUGCAUUCAGAGACGUCAUGCACUGAUGUGUUGCCUCCACCUUUAGUGUAACUGAGGCGGGCUCAAGUUGAAACUUUGGGGAAAUGUGAUUUAUGUUUGUUCAAUCGUGCAGAAUAGAUGACGGGACAGAAGGAGGCCUUACGUUUUCACGUGUUCACGUUGAAGUUGUUUCUACACUUCUGCCUGCAAUGCAUAACAUUCUGCAGCAGGUGGAGUUUGUUCUAUUAGUUGAGGAGUGGAAACAACAAAUUAAUACAUUUUGAUGGUUUAUAGAAACGUAGUGAGACGUGCUUGAAAGUUUUACCCAGCUGCUCUGGAACAGCUGAAGCUCUGUUCUUCCCCUCAUCAUGACAAAGUCCUGACACAUACUAACAAACUGUAUUUCAGUUUGUUUUUUGUUUAAUGAAGUCUUCAUUUUUCUUGCUGUGACCUGAUAGUACAGCGUAAUUAUUCUGUUAAUUCCAAAAACAGGAAGUGGGCGCACAAGCUUGGGUUUCCAGAAGCGCUGGUGUAAAGUUUGGGAUGAUUUUCCAGCUGCAACGCGGAGCUGUGCCCAAUUUUCAACGAUCUAACCCAAACUGUCCUCUUCAGAUGAAGGGGAAUUGGCUAAAAGAAAGUGGAAGCCUCUGGAACGUCAGUGUCUUAAAGUUUAAACAAGUUGAACAUUAGCAUAGAAUAAGACAAGAAAGGUCGCGCUUCAAAGGCUCCUUUCUUUGCACCAUUCUGCCAUGAUGCCGCCGCCGCCGCCAUUAUCCUAAACACACAUUGAAACUGAUUUCAGGCCCCACAUGGGCAGAGGUGAUGCUGUUUAACUGAGAUUCACUAUUUCAUAUGUGAAGAGUAUUGAAAAGACAAACAGUUGUAUGUUGUGUAAUCAGGCCACUUUGUAGGAAAAGCAAACUAAAAUAGACAAUUUUAAUACCCUAAUGAGGUUACAACUUUCUCCUUAUGACCAUCUAUUGUGUUAAAGUUAGACGCCACGUGUGAUGUCGGUAGACUUAAAAGGCAAACGUGGACUAAUUUAAUUAACAGUUUAAGUCCAUGUGCAGUGUUAAAGGAAAAAAAAAUAUACGGAAAGUAAAUAUUUUUCUAGAUCUAGUUGAGAUUUGAAAGCAUAAAUAAGCCUAAAUAAACCAUUCCUUUAUUUUCUGUGAACAUAUUCAGAGGUCCAGAGUAUUUCAAGAUGUUUUGACGUUAAUGUUGGACGUGAAAGUUGUGAGAUGAUUCGUCCUCCUCCUCCGGUGCUGCUGAUGCUCCCACCGUUUGACCACAGCUGCUCACACGCCUUGUGCAAGACGAAUAAAAAGGUUUCCUGGAGAAAUUGAACUUUAAAAUUAAGAGCCGGUGAGGUAAUAAAACUGACCAAACACCGAGUCUGUGUGUGUUGUGUCCUGCAGCAGCCUCACACUUGGAUGUAGCUUUAUUGUAUGGGGUUGAGAAAUCAACUGCACUCACUGAAAUGUCUUAAAGACCUUUUUUUGUUUGUUUUUGUUACCUAAACUGUUGGCUCAUGUUUUUGUAAAUGUUCUGAACGUUAACAGGAAGGUGGGUCAUUUUCAUCACCAAUAAGACAAAUGUUAGUCUUAUCAGAGGGGGUGAUGUCGUUUUGUGGGACUGAUCUGGGUUUCUAUUAAGAAGAGAUUUUACAAUAUGCAAAAUGGUUGAACUAAAGUAGCACUUGUACAGAAAUUAAAAUGCUUCUAACUUUG